GCUCUGUUUUCAGUCCAAACAGAGAUUGGAAAAUGAAAGCAGGGGCUGUCACAUUGUUGUUGGUGAACCUAGCAAGUAUUAUGCAGAGAGCUGACGAGUCGUUGUUGCCAGGGGUGUACAAAGAGGUGGGGGCCAGUCUGCACACCGACCCAACUGGGUUGGGCUCACUCACUCUGUUCAGAUCCAUUGUCCAGUCUGCCUGCUACCCACUUGCGGCUUACCUUGCUAUGCGCCACAACCGAGCCCAUGUCAUUGCUCUUGGUGCCUUUCUCUGGGCUGCUGCCACCUUCCUUGUUGGCUUUUCAUCCACUUUUCUUCAGGUGGCUGUUUCAAGAGGAUUAAAUGGGAUUGGACUUGCCAUUGUCACUCCCGCUAUUCAGUCUCUUGUUGCGGACUCAACUGAUGAGAGCAACCGGGGUACAGCGUUUGGAUGGUUACAACUAACAGGAAACCUUGGCUCCAUAAUUGGUGGUCUUUGUUCUGUACUAAUAGCGUCCACUACAUUCAUGGGUAUACCUGGCUGGAGAAUAGCAUUCCAUUUGGUUGGACUCAUAAGUGUCAUAGUCGGUAUAUUGGUUCGCCUCUUUGCCAAUGAUCCGCACUACUUAGAGAGCAAUGGUAGAGCUAAAGAUAUAACUUCACAUAAGCCUUUUUCGUCAGAAGUGAAAGACCUGAUUAGAGAAGCAAAGUCAGUUAUAAGAAUCCCGUCUUUUCAAAUCCUAAUUGCUCAGGGUGUCUUUGGAUCAUUCCCCUGGUCAGGUUUGUCAUUUGCUCCAUUGUGGUUAGAACUUAUUGGUUUCUCCCACAAAGAAACGGCAGUUCUUUGGACCAUAUUUAUAAUUGGUGGCUCACUUGGAAGUGUCUUCGGAGGAAUCAUGGGCGAUGUUCUUGCAAAACCCUUUCCCAAUGCUGGGAGGAUAGUUCUUUCACAGAUAAGCGCGGGUUCAGCCAUUCCUUUCGCUGCUAUUUUGCUUCUGGUGUUGCCUGAUGACCCAUCCACAGGAUUCGUUCAUGGGCUGGUCUUGUUCAUUAUGGGAUGGUUCACUUCCUGGAACGCUCCUGCAACUAACAAUCCAAUAUUUGCAGAGAUAGUGCCUGAGAGGUCUCGUACAAGCAUCUAUGCUCUGGAUCAAUCUUUCGAAUCCAUCCUAUCAUCAUUUGCUCCACCGAUAGUUGGGAUUUUGGCUCAGCAUGUUUAUGGCUUUAAGCCAAUUCCUAAAGGAUCAUCAAAUUCUGUAGAGAUUGAAACAGAUAGAGAAAAUGCUGCAUCACUUGCCAAGGCACUAUACACAGCUUUGGGCAUUCCGAUGACACUCUGUGUCUUAAUCUACUCCUUCCUUUACUGCACAUACCCUAGAGACAGGGACCGGGCGAGAAUGCAAGCUUUAGCUGAAUCAGAAAUGCAAGAGCUGGAAACAGAUUGUUCCCGUUUUUCAGGAGAAGAAUACUCCGAAGUUCGUGUUUCAGAAUCGAAAGUGCUGAAUGGAAGUGAGAAAAGCAAAACUGACAUGGAAUAUGGAUUGGAGGAGAGCAUUGACUUGGAUGAUACUGACGAGAAGUCCCUGCUUUCCUGUCAGCAGCCGUCGAAUCUGAGAGAAUAGAAGACCUAUGAAGCAGAAGCUAGAUUUUGUUCAUUCGCUUCCUUUAAACCAACACAAAUACAAAAAAGAAAGCUUCAUCUGCUUGCUUCGGUAAAGACCGGAUGCUCAUGAAGUCUCUUUUACUUUAACCCCAAGACAAUGUUUGCAAUACCACAUUUUCUUACUAAUAUGCAUGAUUUUACUUGUGAGACUUUCCACGACUACAGAGCAACUAUAUUGUAAGGUUACAUAUUGAUUCUUGUUGUAAUCGCAAUUGUUCAUUCUUGUAUUAAUAAUAAUGUUGUAGUCAGUCAGCGGAUU